AUGGAGAAACGCGAGAUUGGCGACGAAGCGGUGUGGUCGCUCUCGACGGCCAAGCCCGGCAAUGGCGUCCACCAGCUGCGCGAUGACAACCUCGAUACGUACUGGCAGUCGGACGGCGUCCAGCCGCAUCUGAUCAACAUCCAAUUCCACAAGAAGAUGACCGUGCACGAGGUCGCCUUGUACCUUGACUACAAGCUCGACGAGAGCUACACGCCCCGGAAGAUUGCAAUCCGCGCCGGCUCGACCUUUCACGACCUUGUCGACAUCAAGACGCAGACCAUCGUCGAGCCAUCGGGCUGGACCGUCAUCCCGCUCCAGCAGGUGCUGCUGGCCCUUGGCCAGCCGUCGCGCGAGAAGCCGCUGCGCACCUUCUUUCUCCAGAUUGCUGUGCUCGGCAUGCACCAGAAUGGCCGAGAUACGCACAUCCGCCAGGUCAAGAUCUACGCGCCGCGCGUCGCCGCGUCCAUUGGCGCGCAGAUCCCUGAGCCCUCGAGCGUCGCCUUCUCGUCCUUCGCAUCGAUCCGGUAA